AAACGUUCUACUUUCUGUGAAAUUUGAAUCUAGAAAUCAGUACGAGUUUGCUGAAUACCAAGUAGCUUUUCCUGGGUCGCGAAGAGGGAUACAACAAUGCAAGCUGUACAGUACAAACCAGUCUACGGCAGGAACUUCGUAAAAGAAAACACGAGAAGUAAGGGCGAGAAUGCAUCACCAGACUUUAAAGUUAGAACUUUCACUCCGGCACUGUCGCGCUCUAAGCCAGACAGAUGUAUAAGAAGGAACUCUAAAGUAUCAACUCCAAAGAACAAAGCACUGGUUGCAUCUUUGCAUGGUAUUUUCAACAAAUCUCGUUCAGCAAGUAGAAGAAAAUAUUUACCAAGAUACCAUAGAUCUCAUCAGGAAGAGCGUCAGAAAGCAAAGCCAAGCAAUUCAUCCCAGUAUAGCGCUCCUCUUAAUCUUCAGAAGAAGCAACUAUCUGUAUCACUAAGAAAAAGUAAGAAACAGAAAUUUCACUCUCCUCUUUUGUUUACGUAA